AAAAGCGAUUAAAAUAAAUUUCCUGUCACUUUCUUACAGCGUGUCAAGAGUAGACCCAUGGGGACUCCCCGUUCAACCAUCACCUUCCUCGAAACUUCCAUUACUUGCUAUAAAUCAGUAAUCGAAGCGAUCUAUAAGAAAGAUUUUGUCUGCAACAAAAAAUCCACCAAAGAAAAAGUUAAUGGGUUCAUCGUUAUCGGUGGUUGCUUCUCUGGCUAUUAUCCGUAGCACAAUCAAUGAAAUCAUUCCGCCGGAACUGCGCAAGUACUUGUGGAUUCUCUGUCGGCGGUUCUCCUCCGAAGUAACGCUGGUUAUUGAAGAAUCCCACGAUGAAUCCAGAAACCAUCUCUACAAUGCCGUUGUCACUUAUCUCGGCGGUCAUGUCUUGUUCAGCUCGUCUGGAUCGAGCUUCGUUUAUUCUUCUCAGCGAUUCACGGUGGGCAAGAGCGAGAAGACGAAGAACAUCACGUUUGGUCUCGGCAGAAACUCCGAGAUCAUUGACGACUUUCGUGACGUCCGAAUGAAGUGGAAAUUCAGCUCCGAUGAGAAUAAUUCCACGCAGCAGAAAGAUACGAGCUGGUACGAGCUCUGUUUUGGGAAAGAGCAUUUGGAGAUGGUGAAGAACAAAUAUCUUCCUCAUAUUCUUGAGGUAGCGAAGAGAAUUCAUACCCAGAAUCGGAUUGUGAAGUUCCACACGAUCCGGCACGACAGAUGGGGCGGGCACGGUAUCAACUUGGAGCACCCAAUGACUUUUGACACUUUAGCCAUGGAUGGGGAGCUGAAGAAAGAACUGAUAGAAGAUCUCGACAGCUUCAUUAACGCCAAACAGUAUUACAAGAAGAUUGGUAAAAUUUGGAAACGUGGGUAUUUAUUGUACGGACCACCGGGAACUGGAAAAUCGAGCUUGGUUGCAGCCAUGGCGAAUUACCUCAACUACGAUAUUUACAAUUUGAAUUUGUCCGCUGUUAAUUCUGAUAGCGCUUUGGAGUUUUUACUC